AUGACAGGGUAUGGCUUAAAAUCACUCAGACAAGCAUCAGGAUUAGGACUGGAACUUCAGCGCUUUAAUCGCCAACUCCGUGUGUUUUUCCUACUAGGCUGUGUGGGUAGCAAGGGUAUUUGCCACCAUCUCUCCCCAAGUUCACACCCAACCUGCCAAAAGGAGGUUUUCAGCACGUACUCCAAUGAAGACUAUGACAGAAGAAAUGACGAAGUUGAUCCUGUGGCUGCUUCUGCCGAGUAUGAACUUGAAAAGCGUGUAGAAAAGCUGGAACUUUUCCCAGUGGAACUAGAGAAAGAUGAGGAUGGACUUGGUAUAAGUAUCAUUGGAAUGGGUGUUGGAGCAGACGCUGGACUCGAAAAGCUGGGAAUCUUUGUUAAGACAGUAACAGAAGGUGGUGCUGCUCAGCGGGAUGGCAGAAUACAAGUCAAUGACCAGAUUGUGGAGGUGGAUGGAAUCAGCUUGGUGGGUGUCACACAGAAUUUUGCUGCAACCGUUCUCAGAAACACCAAGGGCAAUGUCAGAUUUGUUAUUGGACGAGAAAAGCCAGGACAAGUGAGUGAGGUUGCACAGUUGAUAAGCCAGACGCUGGAGCAGGAAAGGCGCCAGAGAGAGCUGCUCGAGCAGCACUACGCCCAGUAUGACGCCGACGAUGAUGAGAACACUGUGGCUGAAUUGCAAGGAGUAUCUGGCAACUGCAAUAACAAUAACAACUAUUUCCUUAAGACAGGAGAAUAUGCCACAGAUGAAGAGGAAGAUGAGGUAGGACCUGUCCUUCCUGGAGGUGACAUGGCCAUUGAAGUCUUUGAGCUACCCGAGAAUGAGGACAUGUUCUCCCCAUCAGACCUGGACACGAGCAAGCUUAGUCACAAGUUCAAAGAGUUGCAAAUCAAACAUGCAGUUACAGAAGCAGAGAUUCAAAAACUGAAGACCAAGCUGCAAGCAGCAGAAAAUGAGAAAGUGCGGUGGGAACUAGAAAAAACUCAACUCCAACAGAAUAUAGAAGAGAAUAAGGAAAGAAUGCUGAAGCUGGAGAGCUACUGGAUUGAGGCGCAGACAUUGUGCCACACCGUGAACGAACACCUCAAAGAGACUCAAAGCCAAUAUCAGGCCUUGGAAAAGAAAUACAACAAGGCAAAGAAACUGAUCAAGGAUUUUCAACAAAAAGAACUUGAUUUCAUCAAAAGACAGGAAGCAGAAAGAAAGAAAAUAGAAGAGUUGGAAAAAGCUCAUCUUGUGGAGGUUCAGGGCCUCCAAGUCCGGAUUAGAGAUUUGGAAGCUGAGGUGUUCAGAUUACUGAAGCAAAAUGGGACUCAAGUUAAUAAUAACAACAACAUCUUUGAGAGAAGAACAUCUCUUGGUGAAGUCUCUAAAGGAGAUACCAUGGAGAACUUGGAUGUCAAGCAGACAUGUUGUCAAGAUGGCCUAAGUCAAGACUUCAAUGAAGCAGUCCCAGAGACAGAGCGCCUGGAUUCAAAAGCACUGAAAACCCGAGCCCAGCUCUCCGUGAAGAACAGACGCCAGAGGCCCUCCAGGACGAGACUCUAUGAUAGUGUCAGUUCAACAGAUGGGGAGGACAGCCUCGAGCGAAAGCCUGCAGACAGUUUUUAUAACCACAUGCAUGUUACCAAAUCACUUCUGCCCAAGGGUUCGAGAACUUCUUCUCCAGAGUCAGAUUCUGGUGCUCCAUCCCUCACUUCCGUGGCUGGCACCGUGCCCUUCUCGUCUGACCACAUAGCUGAACUUCAAGGGUCACUGCACCCAGACAGGGAACCGUCAUCCUCUAUUUGGGGGGACACUUCCCUCUCCUCCCCUUCAAAAUCUGAUCAUGAUAUGGAAGACUCUCCUUGCCACGAUCAAGCCGCCACCAAGAAAACAUCACAAGAUAAAGAUGGUGCCAAAGGUCCCAAAUCACUAAGGGCAUCCAGUUCAUUGGCGGUGCAAGGAGGAAAAAUUAAGCGGAAGUUUGUGGAUCUGGGGGCACCGUUGCGAAGGAAUUCCAACAAGGGAAGGAAAUGGAAAGAAAAAGAAAAAGAAGCCAAUAGGUUUUCUCCAAGUGGCAGGAUCUUCAGAGGCAGGCUGGGACACUGGAAACCGAAGCCAUCCUCUGCCGCGCAGGCCUCCCCCCGCUCACCUUGCAUGCCUUUCUCGUGGUUCAAUGACAGCCGAAAAGGAUGCUAUUCCUUCAGGAACCUGCCUUCAUCCACAAGUCCCCUCCAGCCUCCUCCUGAAACUCUAAUUUCAGAUAAAAAGGGGUCCAAGAAUUUUACCUUCAAUGAUGACUUCAGUCCCAGUAGUACCAGUUCGGCAGACUUGAGCGGCCUAGGAGCAGAACCCAAAACACCAGGGCUCUCUCAGUCCUUGGCGCUGUCAUCUGAUGAGAGCCUGGAUAUGAUAGAUGACGAGAUCCUUGAUGACGGACAGUCCCCCAAACACAGCCAGUGUCAGAAUCGGGCGGUUCCCGAGUGGAGUGUGCAACAGGUCUCUCACUGGCUGAUGAGCCUGAAUCUGGAGCAGUAUGUACCUGAAUUCAGUGCCCAAAACAUCACUGGAGAGCAACUUCUGCAGCUGGAUGGAAAUAAACUCAAGGCUCUUGGAAUGGCUUCAUCCCAGGACCGAGCAGUCGUCAAAAAAAAACUCAAGGAAAUGAAGGCGUCUCUAGAGAAGGCUCGGAAGGCUCAGGAGAAAAUGGAAAAACAAAGAGAAAAGCUACGGAGGAAGGAACAAGAACAAAUGCAAAGGAAGUGUAAAAAGACGGAAAAGAUGACAGAGGGUGCCGGCGAGCCAUAGCACACUCCCUCUCCCGGAGGGUGGGGGUGCACCAAGAGACAUCGCCACCUCUCCUUGCCCCGCUCUCCUCUGGAGGAUGAAGACACUGAUGACAGGGGUAAUGUGCUCUAGGCAGAUUGGGGAACUGUGUGUUGAAUAAGUGCGUUUUCUGCAAUAAUAGAAUACACUCUUAAUUUUAACCUGCUGAAAUAAUCCCAAGCCACCUUUAGUUUCUUAAACAAACCAAGGAGCUCAUUUGUGAGCGAUGCCAAGUCGCUGUGUUUCUCUCUUCUCUUACUUAGCAACAGCUUGUGUUGUGCUGGGUGGGUUGUGUCACUGAGAGAAGCAGCGUGACCCUGCCUGACAAGCGCAUGACAUACCCUGGUGGUAAUGGAGGGCCAUGAAUGUCCAGUAGGGGAGCCUGACACUGGUCAGUGGCUUGUAGCUUCAUGGCCGAGAGCACCACUCUGCCGUGGGGUCUGGGCUGCAGCACCUAUGCCAGCCUGUGGGAAAAGUCCCCCCUCAUUUCUGUGCCUGGACCAUGAGACAGCCCCACGGUGGAAACAUGGGCUCUCUGCCACAUAACCACCUACCGUGGCGACAGGCACGCCCAUUGCUCUGCUUGCUGGGCGCCUGAAAGAGAGAAAAGAAUUAUCGUUAUUUGUUAACCCCAGAAGGAAGCAAAAGCCUUAAGAAUGUGGAUGUGGGUAUUACCUUGGGGUUCUGAGGGUAACAUUUCCUCCAGAUUUAGCCAAACAAAGAAAAAACUCAGAUGUUAAUGCAGCCAUGGGACAGUGGGAUCUGUUGUUUACUUUGCUACCGCUGCGUGUUCAGUAUUUUCAGCAACCUUGGCACACACAACGCAAUUCCUUUUUACCCCAACAAAUUGAACAGGAAAUUGAUUUUUGAGGAAGCCAACAUUUUCAGGUUUCCUCUCCUGGGGAACAUUCCGGCUAGUCUUCAGCCCGACUGUGACACAGUCAGGAACUUGUCGCAUAUUUUCUACUCAAGAUUUCCCAAGUGGGCUCAGUUAGUGUUUCAACAAAUGUACUUUUAAGAAAAACAGAAAUACCAGUUCGAAAAAAUUUAAAUUUGAGUAACAUUCAACCAGAGAAGCAAUUUUAUUGAGCACACAGAAUGUUCCCAUAAAGGUGAGCUGUCAGUUACAUUUUAGAGAUGCUUUGAAUGGUUUUUCUGAGCCAUUCUCUUCCAUUCUUUAGAGAUUUCCACUUUACACUUAAAGUUUAAGAAAGCGUAGGAUACAGUCUUCAGUGGAGGCAGUUACGCAUAUUUGAAAGCCAGUAUUAAAGGAUUUCAGUAUUUCAUCAAACUAAUCCAAGUGCAGGAGACUGGGGCUGAGGAGGAGAAAAUGAACUCAUCUUGAGAAAUUUCAAUUGAUGGGUUGUUUUCUUUGUUGUUGUUUUGCUUUUUAUGCUCAUGUAUCUGGUUCUCUUUGCUGCGUUAGCUCUAAAAAUGAGGUCACCCACUUUCCAAGGGACGAGGUUUACAAUAAAAGUUGAGGUCAGACAAAUUCUUGGACAAGUAUUUUACUUCCUUUACUACAUGGGGUGUGUCUGGGUCCCUCUCUUCCACUGGAAAUAUUAUAUACGCAGAGCUUGGUGGGGAGGCAUUUGGAGGUAACACACAAUGUAAAGGGGCUCCUGUCCGUAUAGCUUUAUCUCUCUUGAGAGCAUUGUGAUUUUAAUAUUUUUGCUUGUCUGAAUAUCCAAAAUCUGGAAUUGUCCAAACUAGAUAUUUAUGAUUCUGUUCUUUCCCUAAGGCCUGUUUCCUUUUCAGUGACAGAGUAUUGUCUGUUAAGCUUCGGUUCUUUUGUCACCAAUCCUCAGAAACGCCAUCCGAAAGUAACAUUGUGCUUUACAGUUAUCAAAGUCACUAUGUAUGUUUCCCUGUCUUAUCUUCAUUUGGGGUAUGAUAAUGAAACUGCCAUACUGGAAACUCUAUUAAUAUUUUGAAAUGUGUGGUGCUUUGCUAAUUAUUAAUAUCAUGAGAAACAAGGAACCACUAUUAAUGAACUACAAAAUCCAGCAAAUCUUUUCUAAUGCGAAAGACUAAAUUAGUUAAAAUCUGGUAAUACUAGUGCUAGCUUAUUGUAAAUUUUUACUUAUCUUUGAAAAAAGGUGACCUGGAUCACACUGGAAGUUUCACUGUAUUCAUUUUAAGAGUGGAAAUAGAAGGAUGAUUAUCUUAAGUUAUGUUUACACUUCGGUAAUAUUUGAAAAUGGAUGUAUAUACUAUACUGGGAAUGUCUGUAAGUCUGUGUCUCUGCACAUAAUUUAUGAUCUAUUAUAUUGCAUUUUCUUAAAUGUCUUAGAAGUAUUGUCCUUUGUUUUAAAUUUAUUUGUAUGCUUCCAAUGUUUAGGUCGAUGACUGACUGACAAUAAUUAGUAAUCAAAUUGUGAUUCCUCGAAUCAUUUAGUUUGUAUUAUGACAAUUUGAUUUUUUUAAGUUAAAUAUAGUAAUUUUAGAUGUUAGUGAGUUAUUUUUAAUACUACUACUUAAAACUGCUGAAAUUAUAAGAGGCACUUGAUUUGAUUGUCCGACAAAGGAUACAAGGUAGACUGGUCAAAGGGUAUGAAAAUGAAGUGAAGGACUUCGGAUCUUGUGAGCACUUUGCUUCCUGUUAUUUUUUUAGCCAACUCUAGUGCAUGAUGCCUAACCGAGGACCCAGUGUCGCACACAGUUCCUCCUUCAAUGCCCAUGGUUUUCAGUGUCCAUGCAACUUAACACGAUUGUUGCUUCGUGAACCUUAAAGACUUUGUAGGUUUUUUUUAGUCAUCAAAAAAGGAACAAAAAGGGAAUAUCUAGUUAGUAUGAACUAUAUUCCCUAAAAACGACAGCUCUGUGUGACUCUUAACAAUCACCAAAAGUGUUUGGGGUUUAGGUAAUGCUUUGGGGGCAGGGGAUGUGUGUGGUGAGGCCCAGCUGCAGACAGAGAGCGGUGUGUGAGCAAAUAUCUGGGGCAGGGCUUUCCAUGAAAGGACUUUAGUUCUAUCACAGAAUUACGCUCGUGAAGACUAUCUUCUGUAAAAGAACUCACCGUUUAUGUAAUAGUUUUCUAAUAUUUUUUGUUUUUGUUUUUGCUUGAAUUAGAAGUCACUUCAGAGUGAUACGUUGAAGCAGAAACCUAAUUUUGCCCAUUCUAACACACUGAUGAAGUCUACCUUAAGUUUCAUGACAAUAAAGCUUUUCUAUACCGCCCUCCUUUAGCUGGGGUUGACAUGGGUUUCACACCCUCAACAUCAUGUAAGCGUUUUAACCCACAGCAGUUCACAAUUGCAGCAUGAUAGGUGCUGAUGCCAAACUCAGCUUUUAAGGGGCAUGCAGUGGGAACACUACCUGUUGCUCCUUUGAUGUUGUUUGGAACAAUGACAAGAGGAUGAGUGAGGAACCAAAUUAACCCUUGCCACUGCCUUUUGCCCUGCAGUCAUCUCCACCCUGAAAUCUUAAGAUAUCCCAGGCCAGGCUACAAAAAUAGUCCGGGGUUGUUUGGUCUAGCACCUUACUUAGCCUUUAUGGUUUGUGCUGAAGACAAAGAAUUCUUAUCUAGGUUUCUUGUGUAUCUGGAUUAACAUAUGCUUUACAAUUACAUUUUAAAAGGUAAAUGAAAAAUCUGUAUUUAUAUAGAUAUUCUGACUCAUUUGUAAGUGUUAAAGGUUACAUAGGCCAAGCCUCAAGAGAGGAAACCCAGUGUUUACCAAUAGUAUUCCAGAAGAUUCUAAAGGGAGGUGUCCCAACAAUUCUAAAAGAAAUGUCUACACUUUGGAUGUGUUGUAGCCCCCUCAUUGCACUGAGAUAUUUAAGAAUUACCAAGUUCCAUUUGAGUGACUAAAUUUACUGUCCCAGUAGAGCUGCAGAUGAAGGGCAUUGCACUUUGGUGGACAGCGGUCCCUACGGUUUAUGUCACCUACUUAAUGCUUAGUCCUUAGUGCUUUCUGAAUGAAAAGGUAAAAUGGAAAAGAAAAGACCAGGUCUUUUUAAAUAUCUUUUCAAAUUUAUCUUUACUGAAGGAUCUACCUGUACACUGCUCUGAAGCUGAGCAUUGAAGGAUGAAGUCCAGAAUUAAAAUGUUCAUAUUUCCAACUAGAAUUGUUUGCAUUAUGAUGAUGAGAUGGGAAGUCAAUUUCUAAAGAAAGCAGUGUUGUAAGAAAUCAGUGUGCUACAGCGAUUCACUCCUGGAAAACAGCCUGGGUCUGCAGGAAGAUUUUAUUUAUAUUUGUCUUAGGUAUUUAAAAUCUCAGGAAAUUUAGUCUUGGUCCAAACACUGGGGAGACAAAAUACCACCAUAUGCUACACAGGUAGUAUUUGAGGAACUUACAGUAGCAGGAUAGAAUGGACCCAAUGAAGAGGUCAGAGGACACAGAGAAAGCCUACAGAAUCAGUCCCCCCUGGAAAAUGAAAGCAUGGGUGUCCAUGUGGAUGUGUGGAAGGCAUGGUGGUUACUUGAAGGCUGACGUGUGUAAGUGUGUGGAGCGAGCACAGCACGUGACCUGCUUCCAGAUCUACAGAGUAAGGAAGGAAGGAAACAUGAUGUCCAAUCCUUGGCCCUACCCUAAUCCCAACCCCCAAACUGCUAGGGAUUCGAGAAUGAAUGAGAGGUAAGGAAAUAAGAGAAUAAGAGGCAACUUCUCAAUACUGUGCAUGCCACUUGUGUAGAUAUACAGAACACCUGUGUGUGACUAUAUCUCCCACCUUACGUGCACACACACACACCGCAAUGACAUGGCAUAAAGAAGUAGAUAUCGUAUGUGGAACUUGGUAAUGUCAGGACCGAAGCAGUAAUCAUAGCCUUCUCGCCACAUUUUGUGUUGUGUAGACAUUGAAUGGCUCAUAAGAUUUGGAGAGAUUUUUUUUAAUGUAUUUCUUCUACUAAAUGCACUUAUCCUUCUACAUGUUUAUAUAUUUUGGUAAAAUUGAUUUAUUAGAAACUUGGUAUUUUAGUAAGAUAAAAUUUCCUCAAAUGUUUGGUUAAUGCUUUGAUGUCAAAAUUGCACAUUGCUGAGUUGUAACUCAGAUAUUUAUGCAGCUUUGGACAUUUCGAACUGCAGACUGCAGUUUCCUUGGCUAAACAUUGCACUGUGUGUUGUUGUGUAUUCGCUCAUGCUCUAAUAUGACAUAUUUGGUAGUUGUGAUGCAUAAGUCACUAACUACUGGCUCUCUGAUGGCAGCUAGCCAUCACAUGACCAUUUAUUUUCUCCUUUUGCAUAGUGAUGGAAUGGUAAGGUCAUUGCCAAAUAUGACCCAAGUGGAUAUGAGUGGGAAUAUGUUGUUGGAAGGUGUACACUUCUAUUUCUCUCAGCUAUUUUAUGCACACACCCAUGUCAUUUUCUGUUAAGGAUUUAAUCUUUCAUCCAUGAAAGAACAAUUGGCCAACAAUAGCUAAAUUACCUUAAAAGGUGGGAAUUAAGAGACUGUCCAGCUAGAUGACACCUCCCAACAACAUCAGAUUUAGUUAGUGCUUAGUGAAAUCCCUUAAAUAUUUAUGUAUGUAUUUUCCUUAAUAUUAUUUAUGGUCAUCACUACUGCUUUUGUAUUUUUUAAUGGUGUCGCAAUUAACCCACUGGUACACCUGCUACACAUCACUAACAAAAACUGACCAGCUGGAAAAUGAAAAAAAAGAGAGAAUGAAUUCUGUUCCAUUGUAAGAAGUUGAUUUAUUUUCUUCUUUCUUUAUAUAAAGGAAAAAAGUUGUUUGAAAAUAAUUUUAAGUCCAAUAGAUAUGGAUAGCAUGUUACCUGAAACUUUUGAUUUGUACAUUUUGGUGUCUGAUCCUUUGCAUGGAAGAGACAAUAGUGCCACGUCUGAAUUGUUCUCUUGUGCUUGGUUAAUAUGUAUUUCUCUAGAUUGUUCCAUCUCAAAUGACAUUUCUUACUCUUUGGUUUUCAGAGGCAUUCAAAGCAAAAUAUUCUUUGUUUUCUGACCAAUCUAAAAAUAACCUGUGAUUAAAUUUAAUUUGUUAGUGUAAAUAAA